AUGGCGGCAGGUCUGAAGACUAUCAUUGCGCUCUCCUUUCUAAAACCAGCACCAGGUCCUGGCGAUAGCUUCCUGCUCGUCAUUCUAUCCGCAGCCCUCUUUCACAACUACCUCACGCUUCUAGUGGUCGCAACCUAUGUACUUGCGCCUGUGCCAAACUGGAUCUGUGGAAGAUGCGCCAACCCAGAUGACUUCAUGGAGAGCGCUGGCAACGCUGUAAUAGACUUCGGAAGGUUCUGUACGGGCUUCUUGGUGGUAAUGGGCAUCGCAUUGCCCGUGCUCCUCGCACAUACGGAACUGAUACAACUGCCAGCCAUGGUCAUGUCCAUUGUGGGCGGCUUGCUGAUCUACGGCACCAUCAUAAGCUUCUCCCGCUUCUUUCGCGAAGAGCAAGACUUUUGA